GGCAUGUUCACGUUUAGGGUUCAUGUUCAUUGAACAAAGUCGCGAUUGCAGCCGCCACACCACCUGCAGACAGCACGUGGGCAUUCAUCAAAACACCACACAGCCAGGCACGAUGCAAAACCAGGUUACAUUCUAAGCGAGCGAAGACAGCACGGAAAAAGCUGCACGCACUGGAUGGUGCAUCCAUCGCAUCACGUUGCACUGACAGACAGCACAUUCACCACGGACACGCCAAGCACCAGGCGAGAACGUGGCCCUUGAGUGAGCCAUGGGAAGGGCCGGCCCGCCGAGACCAGAUGACGGCACUCAUACAUACAUACAUCCAUCCAAUGGCAUGCAUGGAAGAAAGCGAUGGAGGGAGGGAGGCAGCCUAAGUGACCGUGGGCUUGUAGUCUGGGUUCUUGGUGAGGACCACCACGUGCUCCAGCACCGUUGUCUUCGACACGUCUGCAACACACACACCAUACACACACACGAGUCACACACAUCACAUGACAUGAUGGAUAAGGUUGGCCGCGUGCUCUGUUCGUCUGUCUGUCUGUCUGUUGCAUCCCUCACAUUCCUCGGUGGCCAGCUCCGCCCUGUCGUUGUACGACAGCACCACCGGGCUCUGGUGCGUCUGGAAGCCUGGACACAUGGCAUGGCACCAAACACACACCAAAAAACGCGCCAGAGGUCGAUGCACCGAGAGAUAAGUGUGUGAACGUCCUGUGACAUGUGCGCCGCGCACCGGUGAUAGAUUUGGGUCUGCCGGCCUGUCCGACGACAUCGACAGCCUGUCCGACCCGCACGGGCACCUGGAGGUGGUUGAGGUCCUCGUCCACCGUCAGCACCAUGCGAGGCACUAUUGCCGGCCCCAAGUGAUACAGCAAAUACGGGAACCGGCUGCAUGGUGGCGUUGAUUGACAGACACACACAUAGGCGCGCACACAGACAUCCAGCAAGGUGGCGUGGUUGUGGUGUGGUUGUUGGAUACCCACCCGAGGAUGGUGUUCUUGAGUGACAGACAGGCGUGGAGGACCACCAAGAACGCACCUGCACACACGGAAUGGUUGUGCUUCAGCUGAACAUUUCGGUGGCUAGUAGUGGCUAGCUGUCUGUGUCUGUGGUACCGUACCCAGGUUGACAGGGCUGUAAAGCAGCCGAUCGGAGUGCAGCGGGUUGAUCGUCACUAAACCCUACACACACAACAGACACACAGAGACCAACGAUAGAUCCACAUCCCCAACACUAGAGUGCCUCCACGCCGCCCCCCCGCCACUCACCUUGCCCAUGUAGAGCAGCCCCUGUGCUAUCCUGACGAUGAACAGCGCGUUGGCAUCCUUUGCGUAGAAGGCCGCCAGCUGCCUCAGCAGCCCUGCGAUGCGGCUGUUGUUGGUGCCAGCACCAACCAGACCCAGCGCAAUGAUGGCGUGCAAAGCCACAUCCGCAUCGGCGUCGUGCGACAGCUUGGACAGCGUAUCUGACCGCACGCACCAACCAGUUUAACACACAGAUCAAUCAACGGGGCUGUCGGAAGAAGGUGGUGGGUGUCGGUUGUGGGUGGUGCGGUUUGUACCAACAACGUUUGGCCUUGGAUUGGAUGCAUUCUGCAACGCCAUGGCAAUGGGCACCUACACACACGACACAUAUAGACAGACAGGCGAUAUGAUGAAGCGUCGAGGAGCAAGUGUGCAGCAGCACAGGUGAAUGAAUGACCGACUGACUGACCGCUCUCCUCAGGGGAAUGUCGCCAUACUGCAGAAUGUGGUCCAAAGACCGAGCCGUCAUCUCAAGACCUGACAUACAUGAAAUGACAAUCAAUCCAUGGCAACCUAACAUAUAUGGCAAUGCUCACUUACCGACGUCCUCCCCGAGAGCGAUGAGUGGCACGGCGAGGACGGUGAGUGACUGCACGAGUGCCUCCUCCUCCUUGUCCUCCUCUGUGCGCUCCGCGCACUGAUGCAGCAUCUUCUGAAUCUGAAUGGAGGCAACACGGACAGGACAGACGUCAACAACCGGGGGCUGUUAGGCAGUCAGGCCUUGCUUGCCUUGCGUGGCUUAGGUUACCUGGAGCACGUUGCCCGAUCCUGCGUGAGCGCAGCUCUCCAAUGUGAAGGACGCGUACUUGCCUGAGCAUUGGUUGGAGUGCGGGAACAAACAGACGAUGGCGUCGUCCUCUGUCCUCCCUCCUUUUCUUUGCCCGACUCACCCAGUGGUUUGUCGAUCGCCUUGAGCAUCUCAAGCGUCGUCUCCACCAUGUGCGUCUCACCCUUACCUGAAAAACACCAAACACAUACAUGCAACCACACACGUCGAAACACAGUGCCUCCCUCCCUCCCUCCCGCCCCUCUCUCUCUGUCAACUCAGCCCCUCCUACCCUACCGAGGAAGAGCAGCCCCAGUGCGACAGCAGUGAAGAUGGCUGGCCCAUUGCAGGCCUUGUCAGCGUUGGCCUGGUCCAUCAGUGCCUGCACCAGCGACUCCACCAGGUCGCCGUCCUCAGAGCCAAGGAAGACCAGCCCCAGGCUGAGUGCGGCCAUGGCGCAGGGCUCCACGCCAAACGACCCGUCGAGCAGCACCGGGCUCAGCGCCUCACGCAAAUCCUCUCGACGCGUGCCCGCGUAGGCAUAACCCAGACUGACAUGUAUUAUCACAGAUGACACAUGACAGACAGACGGGGCAUAGCCUUGCGGAUGGGGUGGCCGACAGUGGUGUCUCUUUCUCUCACCCGACGGCAGCUCCCAGCCUUUCGAGAGCCACGUUGCUGAGCUGCAAAUGUACACAAUCGGUCGAUGGACAGACAGCAGCGGGGUAGGUGGGUGGGUGUCAGUGAGUGUGGGCCACUCUGUGACACUCACCAAGUGUUCCUGGAUGAGUCCCAGCGCUGGAUCGACCUCGUGACGCACACCAGCAUUGGUCAGACCUGAUUGAUUCAUGAGGACAGGUAGGUGGAUGGAUGCGCGCAUCGGAUUCGCAUAAUGAAUGGGUGAGUGUGUGGAGUGACAGACAGACAGGCGGACUGUCCAGACUGACCGAUGGCCAUCCACGCACCCGCCUUGACGUGUGGGUCGCUGCUGUAGGUGUACUUGUCCACCGCACUCAGACCCUCAUCGAUGUUCCACAUGUACAGCAUCCCUGACCCAACCAUGCCAUGGCAGCCACAUCAAUCAUUAAAGAAACAAAUGGGUCGGUGGGGCUUUGCUCCCACCAUUGUGUGUGUGUUCAUUUUUCUGCCCGUGUGGUGUGUCCUUCAUUCCUUACCGAUGGACGCCACUGCGGCCGUCAUGCCGUGGUCCUUGUUCUUGUACAGCCAACCCGAAUCUGACCAUACCACACACACACACACACACACAAAAUCGGCCGUGCCGUGCAGGAAAUGCCGCGGUAAGUAAAUGAUCCGUGUUUGCUUAUUGACUUUCAACGGUCAUAAGUUUGUCUUUGCAGAAUCCGACGUUGACGAAUGCGUUGACGAGGGUGGAGGCCAGGUUCUGCUUGGCCGAGUCGAGCACGGCGCUGGUGCGCUUCUCCUCCAGAUGAGACUUGUACACGUCCUCGGGCAGCUUCGGCUCCAUCACAUCCAACUCCUAAUCACAUAAUCACACACAUGGGCAUGGCGUGGCCUGAAUGUCCCUCCCUGCGUGUGUGUUGUGUUGGAGGGAGGGGAGGGGUGUAUCUAGCUUGCCUUGGCGAGCAGCAUGAAGUGGCUGUUGAGUUGCUCGCCGGAGGCCAGUGACCUGAGCUCGUCGUCUGCCAGGAUCUUGUCCUCGUCGAAGAUGUCGCAGAAGACGCGCUGACAGGCCAGCAUCAACGCCAGCUGCUUCUUCAUCACCCUGCACACACACACACACACACACACGCACACACACGCAUCCACGGAUACGCAUACUAACAUGUGCCUGCCAUUGUGUGUGUUUGUCUGCAGGCUAGGCUGCUGACCGUUCUUGGCAAGUGCUGAAGACUUUGGUCACUCUGUCCUCAUCGUUGAGCUUCAGGGCUAUCCUUAACGCGUCCGGGAACUGACCCUGGAUGACACCACAGUACACCACAGUACAGCACAGCACACACAGGGAGGGAGGGAGUGUCGGUGGGGAAUGAUUGCUUGGUCGGUUGGCUUCUCUGAUGCGCACGUGUUCCGUGUAUAUGUCGUAUGUGGUGGCGAGUAUCUGCGCGGGCUCCGGCUCCGGCAGCAGCUGGGCCAUGCUUAUCAGAUACAGACACACACGGUGGUAUGUCGCGUCGUCAACAUACUACACACACACACACACAGAGAGAGAGAGAGAGAGAGAUUGUGUGCGAUUGAGCCUUGCCUGCCCGUGUGUGGAGAUUGCGUACCUCUUUGAUUUUUUCGAGCGCGUCGACUUCGCUGAGGAGGUCGACGGCCUCGAUGGGCGCACUGUGCUUCAUCAGGAACGGAACGAUGAUGAACACCAUGCUCAUCAACUCCUACACAACACACACACACACACAGAGUUGUGUGUUGUCUUCUGUUAAUUCAAGCUUGUGGCUGUGUGUGUUGUCGCGACACGUGUACCUACCUGUGUGUCAGUGCCCUGCUCUUGCCUCUCCUGGAACUCAGCGGCGAUCUCGCCCGUCAGAUUGCGGAUGUACUCUGAACCCCACUUGGUCAUCUGGUCCUCAGAACCUGCCGUCCACACACACACACACACACACACACAUUUGUUUGCCUUUCACUGCACGGCGCACAGUGUACUCCACUCCACUCCACUGACCAGCGAGUCUGUAUUUGAGCGCCAGCCUCUGGUCGUUGACAAUGGUGGUCGCCAACACAGACAGCACAUCAGCCAGCGCCGCCUGAUCGAUAAACCCAUCCAUCGCACAGAUCGACAGACAGACACACCCACAAUACAAUGCAUUCAAUGCUUCAUCGGCACGCCACGCACCUUGUUCGGGUGCGUGUCGUCGAUGCUCUCAAAAUAUGUCUUGAUGGUGUCGAAAUGCGGUCUUAGGAACUUGAGCGGCUUGGGCACUGAGGUCAUAGAGCUGGUGGCCGUGCGCAGCUCCUCACCCAGAGCGUCGAGGGCCAUCUUGCCGAUACCUGCCAUCAUCAAUCCGAUCAAUGUGCACUCACUAAGCCAUGGAUGGCGGACCGGACGAGUGCGUGUGCUGUCGGCCCUCACCCACCUGGGUCGGCGUCCUGCACUCGUUCGACGAGCAUCUCGAGCUCCUCCUUCUUCUGCUUGUCCUCCUCGGACUGAACAGCAACACACACACAGACAGACAGACAAGCACACAUCGAUGAAGUGACUGUGGCGAGUGACUGACGGCCUGACGUAUGUACCAGGUCUUCCUCCUCUUUGAGUUGUUUCUUGUCCUUUUUGGCCUUUGCUUCCUUGUCCUUUUCCUCCUCGUGCUUCUUCUUCCGCUCCUCCUCCUCCUGCUCCGUCAACACGGCGUCAACCGUCGCCACCUGCAUAGGACGGACACACAGACAAUCAUCAUAUUGAUUGCACCAUGUUUUGUUUGUUUGCUGUCUGUCGUUCGGUCGGUCCCUCACCUUCCGCUCAUCCUGCUCGUUCGGCAUUUUGGCUCAGGGGGCAGCACACCACAGCACAGCAAACACAGCUCACGCUGCCCGGCUCGAGCAGCAAUCAGGCGUUGCUCUUGUUCACCGCGCUCUGCAGUCUCCUGCUUGGUCAGCCCUCUCAGCAGCCUCAAUGGCGAGAUCUCC